AUGAAAGAGAAGAUAACUGGGAGAGGUGUGGCCAAGAGAGUCACCAGGGUCUUCAAGCAAUGGCCACCUGUUCUAGAGGAGGUUGAAAAGUUGCUCCUGCUCUGGAUUGAAGAGAAUCAUCGAGCUGGGUACACAGUGACCGAGGAGAUCAUCUGCAAAAAAGCCAAGGCCUUGCACGCUGACCUCCUCGACCAAAGGGCAGAAAUGUCAGCCGAUGCAGAAGGCUUCAAGGCGAGCAGGGGGUGGUUUGAAAUGUCAAGACCGCAUCUGGCAUCCACAGUGUGGUCAGGCAUGGAGAGGCUGUGAGUUCCGAUGUUGCUGCAGCUGAGUUCCUAGAGGUCAUGGUUUCAGAGUGCUACCUUCCUCAGCGGGUCUUCAACUGCAAUGAGACUGGGCUCUUCUGGAAGAGGAUGCCAAAGUGUACCUUUGUCAUGGAAGAGGAGACCUCAUUGCCUGACCACAAGCUGAUGAAGGACCUUCUUAUCCUCCUGUUCUGCGCCAACGCCAUGUUGCUCAUGGACAAUGCUCCUGUCCAUACUACAGGCCUUGAGGAAGACUUGCUGGAGGACUUUAACCUCAUCAGUCAUGUUCCUUCCACCUAA